AUGUCUUCUCCAAUCUUGAAAGGUUUUAUACCACUCAACACUGAUCAACUCUAUGGAAUGCUGCUAAACAUUAAGGAAGAACCCCAGACACCCAACGUACCACCCGAAGUUAUGUUUCCUAAGAUUAAUGCUACAUUGAAAGAAGUUAAAAAGGAGAUAGAAGUGGGACAACCGUCCAAUGCGAAGAACAAUGUUGGAGAUUUGGAGAAGGAGGUUUCUUUCAUUAAAGAAAUCAGCAAGUCUGGGAGUAGGGGAAAUCAAGUUUUUCAUUUUCCAGCUGAAGUUCGACUUAAGGCCCUCUGUCCCGAUAUUACCUCGUGUCUUAUUAGAGAUUUUGACAUGGGUGAGUAUCUUCCAUGUAAGAUCAUCAAAUCAAAUAAGACAAAUGGUGAAAUGUCUCUUGGAAAAGGAUGGUAUUCUUUUGCGAAGUCCAAAAAACUUAAAGUCGGAGAUAAGUUUCAUUGCACAUACAGAUCAGGGGAAGAAAUUCUAUAUGUUAGGCUCCAGAGAAAAGGCAAAUAG